AAGCGUAAGUAGCCGCUGAUGAGAUUGGAUGUUGGCAACACUGAAGAAUUUCGGACUACCUCAUUGGCAACACUAGUUUGAAGUUUGACGUUUGACGUUCUUUCUCAAGUUUGCUUUUGUGAACCACGUUUCUUCGUGAUCUUAAUUUUUGGAUUGCAAACAUGGGUCGUGUACGUACGAAGACUGUGAAGAAGGCUUCCAAAGUCAUCAUUGAAAAGUACUACACAAGGCUUACCCUGGAUUUCCACACCAACAAACGUAUCUGCGAAGAAAUCGCUAUCAUUCCCACCAAACCUCUACGCAACAAAAUCGCUGGGUUUGUUACACAUUUGAUGAAGCGUCUUCGUCACUCACAAGUGCGUGGUAUUUCUAUCAAGUUGCAAGAAGAAGAGCGUGAGAGAAGAGACAACUAUGUUCCUGAAGUGUCUGCUCUGGAACAUGACAUUAUUGAGGUGGACCCAGAAACUAAGGAAAUGUUGAAGAUGUUGGAAUUCAACAACAUUAGUGGCCUUCAGUUAACCCAACCUACUACAAACACAUUCAAUAGACGUACCUAAUUUUUAUGUAUUGAUAUGAAAUAAAAACCAUCUUUCACAUU